ACCUCGUGGGGAACAGCACCACACUCUUGUCAUUGACCCUUACUAGUCCAUGGGAACUCCAUAGACGGAUCCGAAUUCGCAGGCAUGGCAGAUCAGCAGAGUAUUCGUCUGGGCCGCGAAGUGGAGCGCCUCGUUACUGCCCCAUAUGCGCCCUCACUUCAGGUCCUUCAGGGCUUGGUUGAGACUACAACAUCGAACUCAAUCCAGCUAUGGGCCUUUCACAAGCCGUGUCAGAUUGGGGCUCUUGUUGAUGUUCUCGUCGAUGGUCUAUCACGUUCUCGAUUCGCUCUGCCUCUUCUUAGAACAUUUGUCUUGAUACCGGCUGUUCGAAAUGUCUUACUGGAACGAUAUCCGUGCCUCCUCGACCAACUCCUCCAGACGGCUAUUGAAGAUAACCGGUUCGAGUACGCUUCUGUAUGCACUGCAAUCCUGUCUUCUCCUCUACCGCCUGACUUCCUGAUUCCCGCAUGUCUGGCGCCAUUUAUGGAGAAGUCAAUACGUGCAAUGGGAGAAAGUCCGUGUGCAGAAAGCAUUUUGCCUCUAAAUCAGAUCUGCAAUGGUAUCAGGAAUUCUCCGGGGAUUCUUCUCGAAAUCCCAUCUGAAACGAUGUCUAGCCUCCAGGUAGAGCUUACAAAAACUCUGCGCAACCUGAGCGAUCACAUGGGCAACAUUCUUUGUCUAGCCACUUUUGCACGUAUGGCAUCCUUGCAAGAUCUUAAUGCUGAAGAGGGGUGCGUGCGCUUUGUUCCGUCAUGGUUGCAAAAUGUCAACCAUUUCUUUGGACCCAAGCGGGGCCUGAAAACUCUAGAUCUCGUUUUUCUACGUGUGAUUCUUGCUUGCUCUGAUAGCUGCAACGACUUGACGGUGGAUCAGGCAGCAGAAAGUAUUCGUUUGGCCAUCGAGAUUUGUGAUAGGGUUGAGCAAGGGCAGAGGGAAUGCUGGAUCACGGCAAACUCUUCUAAAAUUGCGAAGUUACGAGAAAAGGUGACAAGGAACGGUAUUGACCGUAGUGUGCAAUUGCUGGGUGUAACAUUCUUGGCAUCUCUUGUCCCGGAUAUCGCACUCUCGCCCGAAAUAGCGCGAGUUGCUCUCGAAGGACUUUUAUCUGAAGACAGCACAUUUGUACUACAAGUUCUGCCAUCAGAUUACGUACCACGCCUUGUAGGGGCAAGUGUGUCUUGCCUAGGGCAAUCUGCGAUACGUAAUAUGUUGGAAUAUAUCGUCUCUACCUUGACUAAAGAAAAUUUGACGAGCUCUCAAAGCCCAUCUCAUGUCCAGGUGGCCAAGUGUUUAGUCGCAGGGCUGUGCAAUGCAGCCCUGGAAUCUUUCCCUUCUAUGAUAGUGGAACCUCUUGACCAGUGCAAGCAAUUUAUGGGGCAAAUCAUGAACAGUUUUCCGAGACAACCUUCCUGUUCACAAUGUAACGGCUCUCAAAUGUGCGAGGCUUCGCUUUCGCAACUGGAGAACGAGCUGAUCUACGACUUCUACUCCUUCUACAUUCACGCAUCUUUAUUACGAAACACAGCACACAAAUCAUCGCCUGAGAUAGAUUCCUUGCAAAUGUUUAUGGCUAGAUACAAGCAGUUACUGCCUGCGCCCAAGUGCUCUUUUUCGGAGAUUGAGCCAGUUCGAACUGUCAAAACAUUGCCGUCUCCGGAUGCCCGCGAGGGAUCUCAAGGGCUGGGUUCGAGGUCUGACUGGAGAAGUGUUAUAACAGAAACACUUAUGCUCAAUGCACGCAUGUCUAAUGACAACCUUCUACAUAAGAUAGGGGAGGUUUGUUACGAUCUGGAACAACGGUGCGAUAAUGUUGAAGUCCCGCUAAGGGCAGUCGAGCAAGAGCGUGACGCAGCCAUGCUCGAGACGCAGCAGGUAAAGAAUCAAAACAGCACACUGGGGUCACAAUUACAACAAGCAUCCGACACAAUCACCGCGCUUCAACUGGAUAUUUCCCGCUUAGAAACCCAUGCAGAAGCUGCAUUUAUUCGCGCGGAAGAGCUAUCGGCAACACUUGACGCAGCCCGGAAGGAUCUAGAGAUUCAGAAGCGUGAAUCCCAGGAUAUGGUGGCGAGCGAGAGGGAAAUGGCCCGAACUAGGGAGUUGGACUUGGUUGCAUCUAUAACUGAAAGGGAUGAUCAGCUGGAAGCAUUGCAAGAAGAGAUCACGGACCAGAAAGCUGAGACGAUGAACGUUCAGAAAGCGUUAGAUGAAAUCGCACGAGAGAAGUCAUCUCUACUCGAACAGAAUGCCUCUCUAAGUCAGGAUGUGAUGGGUGUUGAAGAAAAGUUGAAACAUUGCCAGAUCCUCCUAACGCGAAAGGAUGAAGACACGCAGAAGCUUCUGUCUGACAAGGACGACAAGGAGAGAGAAGUGGAAGCCCUACGGAUAAAGCUUGAUGAAGAGGUCUCAAAAUCCAACGGGUUGGCGUCUGCACUUGAAAAAGCUGAGGAAGACCUUCAACAAGAACGAGAAACCGUCAAAGAUUAUCGGACUCGGCUUUCGGUAGCAACUGCAAAGUACGCAAAACAAACGGAAGAAAUUUCCUCGCUACAGAUGACGAUGCAGGCAGCCGCAUCCGACGCCGCCAAGGAUCUGCAAACGAAGGAGAAGCGGAUACACCAACUAGAAAAGAAGGUGCAACAAUUACGGGAUGAACGAGCAGCAAAAGCCCGCGAGUUCUCCGAAGCCCAGCAACAUAUUGGACGACUCAUGAAUGUCAUGGGGUUUCGAGCUGAACCAGACUCGUCCAGACCUCCGAGCAAACCCAGCAGAACCAGGCCUUGUCAAACCACGACGACGCAGCAAACGCAGCCAGCGGGGGACGAAUUCCAGACCCAACCUGAGAACCAAGUGAGAGAUUCUUUUGGAACCAAUCUGUCCCCUCCUGGUAGCCGUAGUCCCAAAAGAUCGCGGGAGAGGGCUUUUCCUGGAGCUGAUUCAUCAUCGCAACAAAUGAUGACUGACAAAAGGUCCCGGGAUUCAACCCCCCGGCCGCGACGAACACCUCUCGAAGAUACCGACCAAAACAGCCAGCCGUACUCACAACGAGGCACUGCCUCGCCGCGCAGUGAAGGGGGUGCUUCUGCCAAAGACCGGGCUAGUGGCAGCCUUGAAGAGAACCAACUUCGCCAGAUCGACCUGGACAUGGAUCUGGAGUUUUCGAAAAAUUUUCUAUUUACCAGCACUUCUUUGUCCCCACCCAAUGACCACAUGCCCUUCUCAGAGAUGCAAUAGUGACACCAAGCAAACAUAUAAUACUAAGG